AUGCCCACUGGAUACCGUCUUGAAUACGCUACUUCUAAUAGGGCGAAAUGCAAAGGCCCCAAGCCAUGCUCUGGUACUACAAUUACCAAAGGAGCUUUGAGAUUCGGCACUACUGUCGAAUUCCAAGGGAAGCAGUCUUUUGCCUGGCGCCAUUGGGGCUGCGUGACCCAAAAGCAGCUCGAAAACAUGAAAUCUCAGUUCUCCGAUGCUUCAGACCUUGAUGGAUUUGAGGAUCUCAAAGAGGAGGAUCAGGAGCGUGUCAAGAAGGCCUACGAGGAAGGGCACGUUGCCGACGAAGACAUUCCGGACAGUGCCAGGAAAUCGGCGGGUGAUGACGAGGAUGAAGGCGACGAGAAACCCAAGAAGAAAGGUCGUGCAACCAAGAAGAAGGUCGAGGACGGCGAUGAUGAGGAAAAGCCGAAAAAAGUUACCAAAGCUAAGGCUACUCCUGGCGAGGCAAAGAAAAAAGCUCCCCCCAGGAAGAAGGCGGCUCCCAAGAAGAAAGCAGAUGAUGAGGACUCUGGUGAAGAUUUUACAAAGGAACUGAAAGACAUGGAGGACGACGAGGAGGAAGAGGACUCACCCAAACCGAAGCCCAAGAAACCAGCUGCCAAACCAGUUGCGAAGAAGAAAGCAAAGAAGGUUGAAGACGAAGACGAAGGUGACAGUGACGGCGGUGAUGGUGAAGAAACUAAGAAGAAGCGCAAGAAACCUGCGUCCAGAGGUGCGGCCAAGCCACCGGCAAAAAAAGCCAAACCUGCGUCCAAGUCCAAGAAGAGUAAAGUUGUCGCCGAAGAAGAUGAGGACGAAGACGAGUAUUGA